AUGAAGGUCAUGACCCUCAACUUUCUGACCUGCGCGGUCAAGAACUGCAAGUCGUCCAACGACUCGUUCCCGCUGCACCCCAAGGAGGCCGAGCUGGCCAAAGACGAUAUCGAGAUCAACCCUCAACUUCUGAUCAAUGUCCUGCCCCGCAUCGACUGGGCUGCUCUGCGGACCACCUCUACUGAGCUCGGCUUUCCCACGCUCCCCGAGCAGCCCCCCUCGCCAGAGGAUCUCCAGUCCGACGAGGCUCUCCUUAAGGAGCUCCACGAGCUGCUUAUGGAGACCCAGAUGAUGGAGGGCAAGCUCGUGUGCGGUCACUGCGGGCACGAGUACGCCGUCAAGAACGGCGUCGCCAACUUUCUCUUGCCUAGUCACUUGGUAUGA